UGUGCAUACACUAUCAAUAGCAACCCUAUGCAUAUGAAUUCCUAAGCCUGCUUGGCUAGCUGGUCGUGGUCACUCUCUCUUUAUCACCUCUACACACCGUGGUAAGGUGUGGGUAUUUCUGCCGCUGCCAGGCUUUUGUCUUGAGAAAAUAACUUCACCAUCGUCUUUGAAGAGAGGCAACUCUGCCGUAGAAUUAAUAAGGAGUCCAGCGUUUCUUAAUAUGGCAAAAGUGACCAAGCAGGGGUCAAUGAGUUUGAUCAUUCUCCUCGUUCUUAUUCCCUGGAUAAGUGGCUAUGGCAUGUACCAGGACCGAAUUCCCAAUGGCAAGAAAAUCCCACACCCGUGUGACUCCAGUCAGCUGUGGCCGGGGGUGGGUCACCAGAACACCCAAGGGGGCGGCGCUCGCAAUCCUUUCGGGCUGGACUUCGCUGCCAACGGACACAAAUGGGACGCUACUCUCUGCCGCAAAGACUCAGAUGGUGACGGCAGGACCAAUGGUGAAGAGCUCGGGGAUCCAAACUGUGUGUGGACAGCGGGCGCUGGCACCCAAGACACAACUGCUUUCUCACACCCAGGUGUGUGCGAGCCGUAUAACAGCCCGGAAUGUAUGGGCAGAAACACCUGGGACGUGUGCCAGAAACUGAACUUUGAAUGUGACGCCAUCAAUCAACCAGACGUGAAGAACAUUACUAUUCGUCUCCCCGAGACCCCGGUCCCUGCAGUGGAGACCACCUACAUCUGCGUCAUCGUAGACCUCCCGACGGACGGAGACUACCACAUCAUUGCUGAAACCCCACUGAUCGAUAAUACGAACGUAAUGCAUCAUAUUGUCAUGAGCGGAUGCCAUGACUCUGCCGAAACGAAGAGCACCCCGUACCUAUGUGGGAUGGAGGCGGGACUGGAUGUGAAGUGUGGGGACCUGAUAGGCGGCUGGGCGCUCGGUGGAAAUGGCGCCUGUUAUCCGCCAGAGGCUGGUAUCCGCAUUGGAUCACGUGGGUACAAGCGAGUCAAGAUGGAGCUCCACUGGAACAACCCAGAGAGGAGAUCAGACUACACGGAUCAGUCCGGCAUGGUGUUCUACUACACUUCAAACUUGAGACAAUACGACCUGGGAACCUUCGUCGUCGGUCAGAUGUCGCUUACGGUGCCCCCUACUGGCGGUCACGUGACCUUCGGCGCGCGAUGCGGCUCCGCCUGUACCAGUGAGCUCUUGGAACACAACAUUAUGAUAGAAGCCGUCAAUCUUCACAUGCACUAUCUUGGGUACAGCGCAAAACUUGACCAUUUCCGCAACGGGCAGCUGGUACAGACGCUCGGAGAGGACGUGGUCUAUCAAUACGACACCCCAGUGAAUCACAUCUUAUCCCCACCCGUGGAAUUCCGCCCAGGAGACGAGUUCAAGUUGAGCUGUACUUUCAAACCUUCCACCAAUGGACAGUUCGUCUUCUAUGGCGAGGACACGGCCGCAGAGAUGUGUUUCGGUUUUAUCAAUUACUACCCAAAACAAAACUGGACUAGUUGCGUGGACUACGCGGACAUUCCUAUGUGUGAGAUGCAGCGGCAACUGGCAAACCAACAACCCAUUACCCUCAAAGAUUGUGACGUGAGUGGGUUCUUUACAGCCUUGGGUAUUCUACAACACGCCGCCAAGGCGAAUGUGACCGGUCCUCCAGUCAACCCGAACGUGACUGGUGAGCAGGUCCUGUGGGGGAAUAUCACCUAUGAUCCCGCACGAGUUUUGUCAAUAUGGAGGCAUAUGCUGGGUUUAAAGAACGCCUGCGUGCCAGGGGCGACUGUUUGCACCCCAACAUGCUUUGCCGCUGUCUACGCUCUGAAGGCCUCCGACCCUUGUUUUACAGGCGACAUGUAUUACUUCUUGACACAGUAUAUGAGCAGAUGGUGGGGCUUAUCUGAACUACUGGGAGGGACGACGUACGAAGCCAUCGCCACGUGUGACCUCAGCGCCCUCUACGCCGCUAUGGCCACCACUACAUCUGCUCCUUCCCCGCAGUCCAGCACACCUGUCCAGAUCAGCGGCACCCAGCGGGCGACACCUGCCGGACUGCUAGGUCUCAUCAUGGCACUGAGCACUCUGGUCCUUAAUAGAGGGUAACAACCACCCAUAAUCCCCUCUACCAAAACCACUUUUGUCGCCAGAUGUUUUCUUAAAAGAAGUAUUUUGUUUGUCUGUUCACCAGCUGCGCACAUGAAGUUAGUUCUGUGUGGAGAGGAUUUCUGCGCAACUACCCACGUGAUCACGUAGCCGACCUAUGGUAGAGAGGAAUAAAUGGGAAAAUAAUUUCUUUACAUCCUUUGACAGUUCUGCCGAAAAGUAUUCAUGAACAUCAGAUUGUUCUUUUUUUUAAUCCUGAUGACGAUUUCCUCUUGACUAUAAAUCUUCUUAACAUUCUGGACAGCGUCGUAUACUAAUACUCGGAAAAUUGCACAUGUACAUAUUGAUAUAGGAUAAAAUAAUCUGUGCAUUCUGGAUAGCAUCGACCACAAAUACUCGGAAAUUUCAUAUUGGUCAAGGAUAACAUGUCCUGCAAAUAUCUUGACUUACUAUUUGAAAUUACCAACACAUAUGGACAGCGUCGUCCAAUAAUACUCGGAAAAUCGCACAUUGAUAUAGGAUUAAAUUACAUAUUGAUAUUGGAUAAAAGCGCAUACUGAUAGAGGAUAAAAUGUUUUGUAAAUGUAAAGGACCAGAUAUCCGUAGGAGUAGGUGAAGAAGGAAAACUCAUUCAGUCUCUCAGUUGAGUAAUGGUUUCCUUUUACUUAUUUAAUCGUUUUUAGACAGGUCCCAGACUAAUGUCUCGGUAACAUGUGUCUGAGGUAGGAGUCAGUAAGCUGUGACGUCAAUUUUUAAACCACCUAGAUGUGACGUCAAUUUCUUAACCAAUUACAUCACAGUGAUAUAUCAAGAGUGUCCAUAUAUAUAUAUAUAUAUAU